UUUUUGAAGUGGACGCAUUUAAAAGUCGUAUUUUCUAAUUUUAAUUUUCUAUGUUUAUUUGUUAGUUUUCUACGCAUUUUUUUAAUUGUACGCUUGCAUUAUAUUUACUUUUAUAUAAAUAUAAUUGUUAUAAUAUUAAAUAAUCAAGAUGAGUCGACUGCAAGAAGUAAUCAAACGUUGUGAACACAUUAAGAGGACACCACCAGAUAGAACCAUUACUGAAGACAUGACGAAGCAGAUAGCACAGAACUACCGCACCCUCCCUUCUUUCGAGCAGACGUGUUUCGACCUGUCCUGCAUCAAGCAGUACUCCAUGGAACGCAACCAGCUGAUGAGGUGUCGUUGGAAAGAAUACAAACACAUCGAGAAGAAAGAGUUCCAACCAUUCUUCUUUCCUGAUCACCGCGAUCUUCACUUCCACCAAAGCAUGGUGCGUUUCAACCCGUCGUUGUCGAAAUUCCGCCAGACAGAUCACCGUAAGAAGCUGAAGCCUGGCCCUGGAGUAGACAGAUUGGGUCAGAUGCCUAUCCCCGUUGAGUUACAGAUGAAGAGAGGCAUCGAACGCGACGAAGAUAAGAAGGAGAAAGUACCUAAAAUAAAGUACAUGGGAAAGAAAAAAAAUAAGAGAUAAUUUUUCUAAGCUUUAAUAAGCUUGAUUUGUUAUUCUUCUUCUUCUAUCGUGUGGAUUGUGAGGUGAAUUACCAACCCCAUCAACCCUGGUGUCAGGGAUUUGUUAUUCAUUUUAGGAUUUAUAUUUGUGGUCAUUCUCGCGUCAGACAGAGUACUGCGGGGCGGAAGGCAAGAGGGAAAUCACUGCCCUAUAUUUCCCUAAAAAAGUAGCAUGGAGAAUGCUACACCGACAACUGUGUGUGUGCAUGAGUACCUACUAACGCUAUCGCGCGCGACGCGACGCUAAGUAGGCAGAAUAAUUGCGGGCUUUGAUAAAACAAUUAUAAGUAGAUGUAUUUACGAGCGUAUAUUUUGUAUAAGUUUGUACUUAUUUAAAGGUUUAAUAUUUGUUAUAUUUAUUUCUAUGUACUUAUUCGUUUUAAUGUUACAUUUGUAUUAAUUUAAUUUGUAUUAAUUUCAUUAUACUGAUUAUAAGAAA